GCAAGCAGCCCUUGAGAUCACUGCUCGCUAUUGCAGUCGGGAACUGGAGCAGUAUGGCCAGUGUGUGGCUGCCAAGCCCGAGUCGUGGCAGCGGGACUGUCACCACCUCAAGAUGAGCAUUUCUCGCUGCACGUCCACACACCCAAUUAUCCGCCAGAUCCGCCAGGUCUGUGCUGAACCGUUCCUGGCCUUUGAGGAGUGUCUCCGAAAGAAUGAAGCAGUGAUAGGCAACUGUGCAGAGCAUAUACACCGCUUCCUGCAGUGCGCUGAGACGGUCCAGCUGCCACAUUCACCUUCUGCUGGGGAGGUAGGUGGUCAUGCCCCUUUAUCCACCUUCCUGCCCCGUCCUCUCAGUCUACUUUCCCGCUCUGCAGUCGUCAUUGUCACCCCUUUACCUUUCACCAAGGCCUUAUCUCUCUAG